AUGCAGGCCAAAGCUGGUCUCCCGUUCGAGGUCCAGCAUGCCCAGCUUCCGCUGCGACUCUGGCCAGCGGGUGGUCCCGGCUGGGGCGAGAUCAUGCAAAAAGUCAAGAUGAGCACCGUGCUCGACAAUGGCGAUUCCGGCAAGGGCCCGAAACCCGAGCAGAUAAACGUGGCCAGGUUUUCCAGGAACUCGCAGGAGGUCAAAGGAGGUUCGGUGAUGCCCCGCUCCAACACCCCAGCGGAGAACCACCGCCGCGAGGGGGCACCACAGCAGCAGCCGACCACUGUCGCGCGGCAAAUUUCCGCACCGUGCUCCUUGGAGGACAGCGUCACCGAAGGCUGGAGGAGAAAGGACAGCGCGCGCAAUGUACCUGAAGGGUCUGUGCUCGAGAUGCAGAUGCAGGCAACGGCAGGUUCGUCCGCAUAUCCCAUCCACGACCCCAUGUUCGUUGCCCUGGGCGAGGAUACGCAGGAAGUGGCCACACGACGAAUGGGUGCUUUGAUUUGGUCAUUCAACGAAGGUCUAGCCAUCCAGCUCGACCGGCGCCGGGUGGAGAUGUCAAGGCAAGCGCUAUUCGCUAUCGUCUGCAUGCAUGUCGUCACGUGCGCCAUCGUGAUUCGGAUGGUCAAGCUCCACCCGACCGAGGGUGCGGUCCAGCUCACCGCAAUGCGAGCAAUUUCAAACAUGGCUUACGAUCAGGAAGUCGCCCUGACGAGAUUAGCACAAGCCGAUGUCAUGGGCCAGCUCCUUUCAGCGAUGGCAUCCAAAGCGGAGCCGAAGGAGAUCGGCGCCAGGGCCAGCGAGGCCCUGGCAAGGAUCAUCGCAGCAGAGGUAAAACCGGACAGUGAUGGUGGGGGUCCACCACCAGAACAGCCGGUGCAGCUGCCGUCUGGCUCUACCGGUGCGUUAUGCGGACUGUUUUUGGCAGCUUGCCGUGGCGAGGCCGCCAGCAAAGAAAUUGUGCCACAAUUGAUGGCGCAACUCUCCUCAAACGAGGUCAUAGAGGCAAAGCAAGCGGCAGAGGGCUUCACAAGAAGCGAGCAGGAGUGCAAGAUCCCAAUAGAUGGAGUUGGCUGGUUAGCGCUUGCCAAGAUCCUGUCCCCAAAUGACACAGUGAAGGAUUUGCCAGCAGCACUUGUUGAAGCAGGUGCAAUACGGGCCGCUGCCAGCAUCAUGGCGCGCUUCAUUGAGGACAGCAUGGUGCAGUUGACCGGGAUAGAGGCGAUGUCGAGUCUGGUCGGCAACAGAUGGGCUGGUCUGCGAGCGUUUGCAGAUGUUGGGGGCAUGGAGCGGGUGGAAGAGGCCAUGCGCCACCACGGUCAAGAUGCACUAAUACAAACAAAGGGUGUGCGGGCCCUCGGCAGCGGGGUGCAGUGGCCACAGGAUGUGCAGGAAAGAGCUCGCUAUUCCCACAGGCGCGCCAUUGAGUUGACAAAGACUGCAAUGUCUCAGCAUGGCAUGGACGCAGAGUUGCAAAUUGCCGCUUUAGAGGCACUUGCCAAGUAUUUGGACAAGACUAGAUGCGUUUCUGAAAUAAAGGACGGAGGAGGCGAGGGCCUUGUGAAGAUGAUGAUGACUACCCACCACUCAAGCGCGAAGGUUCAACAAUGGGGCCGGCAUGUGCUCACCGGCAUAGGGGCCGACCCAAACUGGGCACCAAAGACGAGUGCUGGGGCGAGCUGA